AUGGACGGACAACCAAUUGAACUCGUCGAUGACUUCUGUUUCCUGGGCUGUGUGCUGAAGAACAACAGCAGCUACGAGAAAGAUAUUCAGCAAAGAUGCACCAAGGCCGUUUUCACAUUCAACUUUUUAACGAAAUGCCUAUGGUCGACUCCCAUCACCAACGAAGUCAAGCUGCGAGUGUACCUAUCCGCAAUUCGCCCUAUCAUGAUGUACGGAUCAGAGACUUGGGCAGCACCUUCUACGUUGACGAAGAGGCUUGUUUACACGGAAAGGAAGCUGCUUAGACGGCUGCUUGGCUACUUUUCCCUAAGAACAUGGAAUAGCGACGAAUGGAUUGAUUCUGUGCAAGCUCUUGCGGAAGAUCGAGAAGGUUGGGGAGCUGUGUUCAAGGACGGCACACCUCGGCGAAGAUGCGGGUAG